GCGUUUCAGUUAUAUAAACAGACAGUAGAUUUCACCCAGGGACAGUUGACUGAUGUGGCAAAAUCUGCUUUUUCUUGAAGACAGUAGCCAGCACGCGUACGAGUCGGGUCGGGGUGUAAAGACAAACAUGGAGACGAUGGACCUUACGACUCCACUGCCUGAAUUUAACAGCGUGACUGAAAGUGAGAACAGUUUUGCUCUCAAUUCUGAAUUCGCCGACUGGAACGAUUCCUGUCCCUUUGAGAGUAAGAUGACAAUACCAGCAGAGUUUGUCCACAAGUACCUCUACUCCUCUUUCCAUGGAGUACUGUGUACCAUUCUCAUGCCGAUCUCGAUAUGUCUGGGCUGUCUCCUUAACGGCAGUUUCUUGUACGUGGUGGCUAGCAUCAAAUCAAUGCAAACCACUACCAAUUUCUACUUGGCUAAUUUGGCCGUGUGCGACAUGCUUUACCUCCUGUCUACAUCCUACGAGGCGCGGGCUUACAUCAUCUCGGGCACCGUGACUCGCAACACGCUCCAAGACGGCCACAUCUCGUGCGUGAUGCUAUUUUUCGAGAAUCUGUUCUACAUUGCGUCCAUGGCAUUCGUCACACUUGUCACGAUGGAGCGAUUCGUGGCCAUCUGCUACCCGAUCAAGAGCCUGUCCCUCAACCGACGCAGCCGUACCAUCAAGCUAGCGGUGGGUGCUUGGGUGCUGAACGUGCUCGUGGCGUUCCUGUACACCAUACGAUAUCUGUGGCUGAAGGAGAUCUGCUUCGAUUGGCCUGACGAGGAAAGCUUUGCUCACUUACCCAAUGUGGUGGGUUGGUGUUCUGGGUCUCCCAUCCCGAAGCGAAUCACAGUCUUGCCGGUCAUCAUACGAGGCUGCAAGGCGAUCACAUUUCUGGUAAUUUUCACCAUCUGCAGCUUCAUGUGCAUCAAGAUCAUCACAGCGCUUGGUAAGAGGCCCGAGACAGGAGCUGCCGCAGCCAGUCGGGCGGAGCGGGCCCGUCUCCACGUUGCUAGAAUGCUGCUCAUCAACAACGCGGUGUUCUUCAUCGGCAACAUCCCGAGCGCUGUGGUGCACAUCUGUCGCCUCUCCUCGUUGAUUACCGGAUCGACCGUGGUAUCCGAAGACACCAUCACGACCAUCGGCCAGACAGCCAUCGUCUGUACCCUGAUCAACUCAGCGGUCAACCCCAUCAUCUACAACGGUAGCAACCCCCGCUAUCGGCGGGCGUUCCGCCAGGCCUUCACGGCGUGUGUCAGGUCUCGGCGUGAUGGCAAAGACGGAAAGCAAGCCUCUCAGCUGUCAACCGUUGAUCAGCGCAAGCUUGCAACCUCAACAUCAAAAGCAGAAGAUACAUUUGACAAUAAGUAA